GCGUUUCCGUCGCCCGUACACGUUUUACGCCAUCUUGAAGUUACACUCGCAGUUUGAUCAAGUCGCCCCCAAAUUGAAAAAAGCACAAUAACUCUUUUGAGUAUCUCUGCGGCGGGAGUCCGGUAUGAGCGGCUCUCGAACCAAACCGACACCAACACUUAUCGCGGGACAGACGGACAGGGACAGCGGCGCGGAGACGAACCACCGGGAGAGAAGGAGCGGUGGAGGAAUGCUGAAAAAGCUCAAGUCGAGGCGCAGUCAAACGGAUAAGUGGCCUGUGGUCACAGAGGAUGAGCUGCGGGCUCUGGGCACAGAUAUCUCCCCGGACCAUGUCUUGGGUCUUCGGGCCGUCACAGAGGACUAUCUUUGCAAACCCGAAGACAACAUCUACAACAUAGACUUCACACGUUUCAAAAUCAGAGACCUGGAGACGGGGACAGUUCUGUUUGAGAUCGCCAAGCCUCCCAAUAGUGGUCCGAUGGAGAGCGAAGAGGAGAUUGGCGAUGUAGACACCAGUGCGGGGCGUUUUGUCCGAUAUCAGUUUACACCAGCCUUCCUGAAGCUGCGCACUGUCGGUGCUACUGUGGAGUUCACAGUGGGUGACCGGCCAAUAAACAGCUUCCGUAUGAUUGAGAGGCAUUACUUCCAGGGUCGCCUCCUCAAGAACUUUGACUUUGACUUCGGCUUUUGCAUUCCCAACAGCCGCAACACAUGCGAACACAUUUAUGAGUUUCCACAGCUUCCAGAUGACCUCAUUCGCCAAAUGGUGGAGCACCCUUAUGAGACCAGGUCAGACAGUUUCUACUUUGUGGACAACAAACUCAUCAUGCACAACAAGGCUGACUAUGCCUAUAACGGAGGUCUGUAGGGAACGAAGGGAAAAUGUGUGCAAUAACUCCCAGGAGAUUGAGUACUUGGAUUACAAUCAUCCAUAAGCUUCGGUUUUUUUUUUGGUUUUUUUUGGACAGAAGUAUUCUCUCCUUUGUGGACAUUCCUAUGAACAUGACAUCCUACUUCAUAAUCAACCCACCACAUUUGCCUUGUUACAAAAUCAUGGAUUCAUCCAUCCAGUACCUCACAGAGCUCACUUUCUUGGACUCUGAGGAAUGUUCCCUUCAAUGUUUCGCCGUUAAAUCUGACUGGAGUCCUUUUAGGUCUCUCAUACAUGUAUCACGUUACCGCUUGAACACUUCUUGCCUUAGGUUUCUUGCCGUCUCUGCUGGAUAGGGACACGUUUGAGUGACAGAUCUCUCCUGGCAUAGCCUGUGUUAGUUACUUCAUUCACUUAAAUAUGUAGAUGUUUUCAGUAGAGGUUUAUUUAAACUUUUCCCAUAUGGAACAGUGAGAAUUACUGAGCUGUUUUUACAGUAUUGUUAGUCAUAGUUGAUCAUGUAGCACUAUUUGAACUUCCUUAACUGUCUACUAUCAGUUGUGAGUCAUCGGUUUUGUUUGUGUCAGGUGUAUAAUAAGCUCAGUGCUCAUUUUAUAUGACGUAUCAGUCUCCUCUUGAGUAGUCAAGUCAUCCUUACUCUACUUAUCCUUGUUGUUGUUUUUUUAUGACAAACCUUUACCUCAAGUUCUGUCAAAUAGGAAGAAAUUGUAGAGGAAUCAAAGUUACUGGACUUGACUUUCUGCCUGUUCUACCCGAUCACAAGGUUAUUUAACCCCUCGAGCUCUGUUUUCCUGCUUUAUUCGGCACAGCGGUGGCGUGACUCCCACUCCGGAGACGCUCGUGUUAAACACAGGUGCGAUGUGAACCUAUUAAUGUGGUCACUUCUUCUGCUCUGCUCUGCUCUCAGGUUCUGCCAACGAAAUGCACACUGAGGGAUUUAGCCUGGUGGUUGAUUUACUUUUAAUGAGGUGCGAGGGUAGAUGCAGAAGCUGACCUGCUUUAUUUUUCUCUUCAUUGAAGCUCUGUUAUAGCAGUGGAUUUGCAUCAGUUGUUAUUAAAUAGGAUAAAUUGACCUCAAAUCAUGUAAUAUUUCACGAGUUUCCAUUCCAUCAGGUAUCUGCUUUACACCAUGUUAUACUUCACAGUAGCCCUAUAAAUCCCUCUCAGUUAAUUUGUAAGGCUUAUUUAUCGAUGAGGUAUUGAUUCAUGGACUUGAAUCAUUUAGGAGGCGGCGGCGCUUUUAAAUUGUUCUGUAUAUGCUCAGAGUUGUCCAGCAGUGGGCUCUGAUAUCAGAUGUCCAUCAUUUAUUGAAGAGGCUAACAAUGAAACAUUUAAAAAACGGUCCCCGCUCUCAAUAUCACUUUCCAGAAAUGAUUCCAAAACCUUGUGAUGGCUCAGAAUUUCUUCAUGCAAAGCUACCAAAACAACCUGCUAAACAUUGUUGGACCACACUUUCAUGUGCCUUUUAUAUCCAGGGGUUCGUUGUUGGUUUGUAGCGCAUGCUCCAGCUACACGGCACAUUUCCUAAAGAUGGAUCGAUAAGAAUUCAGCUUCUCUGCACAGUAGACAGUAGACACGACCGACAGCAAAAAGUUAUGGAACCAAUCUAGAAUCUGUUGCAUUGGCUGCCUUCACGAACAAUGCACUGACAUCAUAAUUAUCAGCUUUAUCGUAAUUAAAAUGGCUAUUCUCAAUGGAAAACCCACUGCUCUUUUUAAGUAGAUUUUCAGGGAUUUGGGGGAUUUUUCUUCCUUCCAGAAUUGGUAUCACACACAGUUUAACUGCACAGUAAAGAAAACAGGUCAUCUGAUAACGUGCUGUGUGUAGGACAAUAAACAAAGGCUGAAUUCAUGUAUAUUUACACUAAGCUGGCUGUACUGGUACCUCAUGAAAAUGUAGCAAAUUUUUUUGUUUAACUCACAGAAUUUUGGAACAAUGCUGCAGAAACUGAAAAUGACCCAUUAUACAAAUUUUCCUUCAAUGUGACAUUAUUUUCUACAGAAGCGUUUUGCAUUCACCUAAAAUAAUGUUCAAAAGGCUCUGUUUUAUGAGAUUUUUUUUCUCGGUCUGUUAUUACGAGGUUUACUCUGCUUUGUUUGUUUGAGAUGUUGGGAGAUUCUCCUGUCUCUAUAAUAUUAUUGAUGGAAUUGUUAUUAGUUUGUAGACUUUGUGCAGGCACCUCAGGUAUUUGGGGUUGUUGAGACAGAAUCUGCUGGAGAUUGCAAUGUUUGGUUUGCAAUGGUCAGGCAGGCCGACUGGGCAGGAGGGCAAGUGGGCUACAUGAUUCUCCUGGAGCUGCUCGUCUACUGAAAGUGGACUUGCAACCAGCUUCUGUUGGAUGCUUUGAGGAACCAAAAA